GUUCAUUUUUAUCGCUCCAAAGAUAUUUUGGUUAAUUGUAUUCUAAAAAUCCAAGGGGACUCCGUUAUGGUCAAUCUUAACUUCAUUCUCUUUCGCCUCACAGCUCUAAUUAUUAGAUGCUUGGACGCAUUGACAAGAGAAGAUGAUAUUUCGAACCUUUUUCAAAAUAAGAUGGAUGUUAAGGUUCGUCAGUGUCACGUCAUGCGAGACGAAAUUACUCUCACCUCGCGUUGCUAUGCCUUUGUGGAGCUCCCCACUGUCGCAGACGCCUACAAAAUAAUCGAUUCGAUAGGAAAGUCGGAUCAAAUUUUUGAAAUGGGUGGUAAAGCCGUGACAGUCAACUACGCUAAGAAUACUUACAACACAAUAAUGGCCUCUCUCAAAGCUGAGGGCUCAUAUAACGCCCAGCUCGCAUCAUCUCGAGGCCUAACUUUGGAGCUAGCACAGGUUGCUGCUUUGCAUGCUGCAAAUAAUGCUCCUGUGUCCACCACUACGUUGGCCAUAAAUGCUGUUGCUGCAUCCGCCUUGUUAAAUCCACACGUUUCACAGCAAGCACAAACCGCACAGCUUUCACAGCUACAGCAGCAACAACUAGUGGAAGAAAAAGCAAAGCAAUAUCAACAGCAAAUUGCUGCUGUUGUACAUGGAACUGAUCACGUUCCCUCAUCAUUUAAGUCCACAUCUAGUCCCACGAGUGCGUCUGUUCAACUCCCAACUCUUCCUGUCCCAACCAUACCAUUCUCGGCAGCAACUUGUGCGACUACAUUAUAUCGCGUAUAUAUAUUCAAGCUACCUCUAAUUUAUACUUUAGCUCAUCCGGAUACAUCAAGAUUCAUCUACGAUGAGAAUACUCGCUACUAUUAUGACCCUGUCACUGGUCUCCUUUAUGAUACCAAUUCGACUUAUUUUUUUGAUAGAGCCAGUUCGCAAUAUUUCUUUUGGGAUAGGAGUCGCAACCUCUAUGUUCCAGUGCCACCUACUGGUCUUUCCAUCCAAAUUACCACAGUUGAUACAAAUCAGAAUCAAACCCAGCCUAUUGCCCCAGUAGAAGCAGAUGUGGACAAUGAGCAUGUAAAGAAGAAGGUACUUUUUGGUCCUAUAUAA